UUUUUUAAAAGCUUGCCAAAGGCCGCGCCUGAACUUAAAGGGCCCGCUGCUCUCCCGAAGUUGUUCUGAAGGCAAACGGUGGUUGUGUAUGCGUGUGCGUGCGUGUGUGGACUGUUUUGUCAUGGGACCUGUGCGGUUGGGAAUACUGCUUUUCAUCCUGGCAGCAUACGGUGCGUGGGCUGGGACGAUGAAAGAGGAGGAUGACACAGAACGUUUGCCCAGCAAAUGCGAAGUAUGUAAGCUGCUGAGCAUGGAACUACAGGAGGAGCUGAGUCGCAGUGGCCGAUCUCGAGAGGUGCUGGAGCUGGGGCAGGUGCUAGAUACGGGCAAGAGAAAGAGACACGUGCCUUACAGUGUUUCGGAGACAAGAUUGGAAGAGGCCUUGGAGAAUUUAUGUGAGCGGAUCUUGGAUUACAGUGUUCAUGCUGAGCGCAAGGGGUCACUGAGAUAUGCCAAGGGUCAGAGUCAGACCAUGGCAACGCUCAAAGGCCUGGUGCAGAAGGGAGUAAAGGUGGAUCUGGGAAUCCCUUUGGAGCUGUGGGAUGAGCCCAGCGUGGAGGUGACAUUCCUCAAAAAGCAGUGUGAGACAAUGCUGGAGGAAUUUGAAGAUGUUGUGGGAGACUGGUACUUCCAUCACCAGGAGCAGCCCCUUCAGCAUUUUCUCUGUGAAGGUCAUGUGCUCCCAGACUCUGAAACUGCUUGUCUACAGGAAACUUGGACUGGAAAGGAGAAAAUAAGAGAUGGGCAAGAGGAGGAAGAGGAGGAGGAAGAGGAAGAAGAAAUAACCAAGACAUCGGGCAACCCCAAGCAUGACCCAGAGGAUCUUUGACUCUUGGCUUUGAGUAAUGGAGAGCUCUAAAAUCUGAGCUCUCCCUGCUCGACAACUUUAAGAGUGCUUGUGUGUGAGUGACUUUAAGAGUGCUUGUGUGUGAAGACUUGUAACUGUCCUGUUCAGAUGGUUAUCAAGCAGGAUCCUGGGGACUCAGAAUAGGAGGAGAAAGGGUAGGAGCAGGGGCAAGUUUUGCCUCCAGAGAUGAGCCACAUCAAGCUCCUAAUUGGCCAGGUAUAUGUUGUGACAAUAUUUAAGCUCUUCCUGGUAAAUAUCUCUACUGGUCCACACCUGCAUUCACUGGUAAGCAAUGUGCAGGAUGAGCUGUGGGAAAGUCCCUUGCCCUUUAAAGGCUCUACUUUUGGACCCUUGCACCAAGCCAGAACUGAGAAUAGGGAUGUAGCUCACUUAAUAUUUUGCCAAGUAUGAACCAAGCCAAGGUUUGACCCCCCCAGCCCCAUAUAAAACAUGACCAUACCCUUGCAAUCCCAGCACUUGGAGGUGAUGGCAAGAGGAUCCAAAGUUCAAGGUUAUCAUCUGGCUAUGUAGCAAGUUUAAGGCUAGCGGGCUACAUGAGACCGU